AUGGCUACCGAGCAACUCACGCUGUACAGCGCCAAGGUGCCUCCCGCUGCACAGCCCCCGGUCCCCUCGCUGACGGUCUACGCAGAUUUGUCCCUUCGCACAGCGCGUAAGCAGCCAAUGCGGGAGGUGGAACUAGCGCUGCACGAGGCGAAGGCGGGGUACACCCGCUUUGAGGUUGACCUCAGCAACAAGCCGGAGUGGUAUGCCCCACAAGUUAAUCCGGCCAGCAAGGUCCCUGCCAUCGCCUUCGGCGGCCCGCAGGUGUCGCCCGACCAGCCCUCGCCCGACUCCACCAAGCUCGCCGAAUCCCUUGUCCUCGUCGAAUUCGUCGCCGACCUAUACCCCACCUCUGCAAUCCUCCCGCGCGACCCCGUGCAACGUGCGAAAGCGCGCUUCUUCAUCGACGCGGUGAGCACGCGCUUCCUGCCGGCCUACAUGGGCCCGCUUGCCCGCGGCCAGCCAUGGGAGCCCUUCUGGGAUGCACUUGAAGCCGUGCAGCGCUUGCUUCCGGCGGACAAGACGUACGCCGUCGGCGACGACUUCACCGCGGCGGACAUCGCGAUCGCGCCGUUCCUCGCGCGCAUGGAGGUCUGGAUGCGCCACGACAUCGGGGCCUACAAGGCGGGCGAGGGCAUCAAGGCCGCGGAGUACUUCUUCGAGGGCGCGCGCUUCAAGCGGCUCGUGACGUACUUUGACGCGAUUAAGGCGCGAGAGAGCUUCAAGAGCACCUUCGAUGCGGAAUACAUUAAGAAGACGUAUACCGCGCGGUUUGCGCCGCUCCGGGCGAAGCUUCAGGCUGAGCGCGAUGCUGCUGCUACGCCUACCGCUGCGUAG